GCCCUGCUCUCACUUUUUUCCUAGACAUUUCGACUUAUCCGGCUCGAAGGACCAGGUGUCGCGGAAUUUUUGUUCCGCUCGCUGGUUUAACUGAGGACUGUAUCUAUCACACUUUCCACAUUCUAUUUUAACACGGAUUUUAUUCUUCUAACUCUCAAGGGUUCUACUAUCGAUCUGAUUACAGUGAACGUGUACUUCGGUUUUUCUGCUGUCUUACACAAUACAAUACUAUAAUCUAUCACAAGCACAGCUUACAGUAAUGUAACUAUCGUACGAUAUAUCAAGCCUAAUUCACAUGAUCUCUUCCUUAUUUGGUUCAAUUAGCACGUGCAAAGUACGUCAGCUGAUAAAUUAAGUUCAAUUUACUGAGAAUUGAUGCACUCAUUCAACUAAUUCCUUUUACAAUUAAUAUUUGACUUAUUAUUAAGGAGCAACUAACUUAUUCCCAGACACUUUUUUUUCUUUUUUUUUUACUCUGUUGAUGACGCAAGAAGAAAGAGAACGCGUUCCUUCAUUCAGUGACUACUUUUCGUUAAGAUAAACGUUAACUUCGGGAAUAUUGUAUGAAUUGAAAUUAUUCAUUUAUUCAAGUCCUUUCUAGCCAUCGAAAUUAAUGAUGUAGAUGAAAAUCAAUUUCCUGGUGGGUGCUUUAAGGACGGCGGCUUGGAGAGACAAAGUUUUUCAUCAUGGUCUCUUUGUUAAUAGCUAAUUGGCUCUUAACGGCAGCCAAUCACGAUCAAGCCAGGAGCCAAAUAAGUUCAAAACACGAUCUGCGGAUUGCGUGUGAAGAUUUCUUGUUUUGGGAACCUAAUGAUGCCCAGUGUGAGUUAACAAGUUGCCAAAGUUUCAUCAAUUUUGCUUUCUCCUUUCCCUAAUCGAUUUUACCAACGACUUACAAAUCGCGCUAUGAACUGGUUAACCAGUGUGGUCGCUAUUUUCGUUUCCUGUUUAUCGUUUGCGAAAUCAACUGGAAAUGCCGUUCACCACGAGUACUGUGUUGUCGGAGCUGGCCCAGGCGGGCUUCAGUUAGGAUUUUACCUUGAGCGUGCGGGCCGUGACUAUAUCAUUUUCGAACGUGACGCUCUCGCAGGUGCAUUUUAUACAAAGUAUCCCAGACAUAGGAAGUUGAUAUCUAUCAACAAGAGACAUACAGGAAAAACAAACAAAGAAUUUAACAUGCGUCAUGAUUGGAAUUCACUUCUCAGUGAUGAUGAGUCUCUUUUGAUGACUAAGUAUUCCAAACAAUUUUUCCCAGAUGCUGAUAUCCUGGUGAGGUAUCUUAAUGACUAUGCCACCAAACUUAAAUUGAAAGUCCAGUACAACACAAAUAUACUGCAUGUGUCUAGACAUGGGGAAGGCGAUGCAGCUCUUUUUCACCUCAAAGAUCAGAAUGAUACUGAUUACACCUGCAAGAAUCUUGUUAUCAGCACUGGUAUUGCUGUUGAAAAUCUCCCCAGAAAGUUUAAGGGAUUUGAAUACACAGAGAGUUACUCUGAAAUGUCAACAAACCCUGAUGAUUACGAGGGACAAACGGUACUGAUCAUAGGAAGAGGGAACUCAGCAUUUGAGACAGCAGAUAGUAUCAUGGGAGCUACCAACUUGAUUCACAUGUUUGCCAGAUCAAGGGUUCGUUUAUCUUGGGAAACCCACUAUGUUGGUGACUUGAGAGCUGUGAAUAAUGGAAUAUUGGACACAUAUCAAUUGAAAUCUCUAGAUGCAUUGUUGGAGGCUCCUAUAGAGGAAAUGGCUGUCAUAAAAAGAGAUGGAAAACUGUUUGUUGAUGCCUUUGAUGGCAGUGGAGAGAACAUUGUUACAGCAGACCAGCCAAUCUCCGAGAGUGGAAGAGCACCCGACAACUUUGCUGUGAGAGAGCCCUAUGAUCGCAUUAUUCGCUGCUUAGGUUUCAAGUUCGACUUUUCCAUAUUUGACAACACAACCAAGCCAAGACCAAGCAGAGGAAAGCGAUCUAAAAAGUACCCAGCUAUCAAACCGAGCUAUGAGUCUACUUCAAUUCCAAGACUUUAUUUUGCUGGAACAAACACCCAUUCUGUUGACUUCCGAAAAUCAGCUGGAGGAUUCAUUCAUGGCUUUCGAUACACCGCACGGACUCUUCAUCGUGUGUUGGAAUGGCGUAACCAUAAAGUAGUCUGGCCUCAUGUGACAGUAGCCAUUGCAGAAGUUGUAAACGUGAUACUUAGAAGGAUUAAUGAGGCAUCGGGGAUUUAUCAGAUGUUUGGUGUCCUGGGAGAAGUCAUGAUACUGCGUGAUAACGGAAAAGUAGAAUACUACGAGGAAUUUCCAAUCAGACUUGUACAUCAAUUUGAAGAGUUCACUGGUCGUCCAGCAGGCCCAAUGAUAGUUCUCAAUAUGGAGUAUGGCAAAGAUUUCUCUGGAGCUGGCAAAGACACGUUUAAGGCAGACCGUGCCACAGGGGAACCAGGAGAGGCACAUAAAUCAAACUUUCUGCAUCCGGUCCUGUACUUCUAUAAAGAACCUCCCACAGCUUUACCUAAAGAAACAAAAGAAGUUGUUCUUCCUAGACCAGAUCGCAUUCACCACAUGGUGGAAGACUUCUUGACGCAAUGGACUGCACCAAACUCGCACAUGUUACCGUUACGCCGUUUCAUUGAAAAUGUUGUUCAGAGCGAUCUUCGUUCCUUUUUUGCUUCAACCUGCUUUAAGAUUAUGAUGACACAGAAAACGGCGCCAAUAAAUUGUCAAGGACACUACACAGAAGGACCCAUGUUGCCGACUCCAAAGCAUCUUCGAGAUACAUUACUGCAGAGUCAAGCAGAAGCCAAGGAUUGAAUUACGUCUGCAUGGAACUCGGGAGACUUCAAGAAUAAUACUAAAACAAUGAUAAUAAUAAUAAUAAUAAUAAUUAUAAUAAUAGUAAUAGAUACAAAAUAUUAACAGCGUAAAAAACGAUCCAAAAUAACUCACUUUUGGCUCACAUUUACUCCUUUUUUUUU